UUACUAACCCUGCCCACUUCUCCCGCGGCCUGCCUAUAAAGCCGGGCAGCCGGCUCUCCUGCGGCUCCUUCUGCUAGUGCUACCACGCUUCUUUCUUUUGCGCUUGGAACCGGUUGCUUGACUUUGCUUGCUGACGGCGGCGGUGCACGGAUAAGGAGAAAAUGGCCUCUGGUAAUGCUCAUAUUGGAAAGCCAGCUCCAGACUUCCAUGCUACAGCAGUGGUGGAUGGAGCCAUCAAGGAACUAAAGUUGUCGGACUACAAAGGUAAAUAUGUAGUUUUCUUCUUCUAUCCUCUGGAUUUCACCUUUGUCUGCCCCACGGAGAUUGUAGCUUUCAGUGACAGAGCUGAAGAGUUCCGCAAGAUUAACUGUGAGGUUAUUGCUGCUUCUGUUGACUCGGAGUUCACCCACUUGGCCUGGAUCAAUACACCAAGAAAGGAAGGGGGCUUGGGCUCCACAAACAUCCCACUAGUGGCAGAUGUAAACCACAACAUUGCCAAGGAAUAUGGAGUACUGAAGGUGGAGGAUGGCAUUGCACACAGAGGUCUGUUCAUCAUUGAUGACAAAGGGAUUCUGCGGCAGAUCACAGUGAAUGACCUACCUGUGGGGCGUUCUGUAGAUGAGACAUUGCGCCUGGUGCAGGCCUUCCAGUUCACAGACCAGCAUGGUGAAGUGUGCCCAGCUGGCUGGCAACCUGGUGGUGACACGAUCAAGCCAACUGUGAAAGACAGCAAGACCUUCUUUGCCAAGCAACAGUAGGCUUGUCUCCCAUGACUGCUGUGCUUCUGAAGGAAACUGAUCUAAUGUGAAGGGUUGUCUCAUACGGAAUCUUCCCAAUUUAGGGUGGGGGGGGAGGCUCUCUUGGGGAACUGGGGUACAGACGAGUCUCCCAUGGGUAGUUAUUAGUAGAGGUAGCUGGAAUAUGCAUUUGAGUAGGGCAACCUUUGUUCAUGCCUCAAUAAAAGUUGUGGUUAAAAUAA